AUGUUGGAAGGGGAUGCUCAGCACUGGUGGCAGGGCAUUCAACGUUUACUGCAGCAAUAUGAGGGUAAUAUUUUGUGGAAUGUUUUCAAAGAAGAGUUCUAUAAGAAGUACUUUCCUAGAGCUACUCGUGAGGCAAAGGAGAUGGAGUUGAUGCAGUUAAAACAGGGAAGUAUGUCUGUUGCUGAGUAUACAAGGAAGUUUGAAGAUUUAUGUCAUUUUUCCAGGGUUUGUCAAGGGAAUCCAGCAGAUUUCGAAGAGUGGAAAUGGUUGAAAUUUGAAGGAGGACUCCGUGAAGAUUUGUUUAACUCAGUGGUUCCAUUGGAAAUACAGAAUUUUGCGGAGUUGGUUAAUAAGAGUCAGCUAGUAGAGGACUGUGCUAAGAAGAUAGUUACAGCUCGGAUGAAUCGCCCAGGAUCUUCUUUUCAAAAUUAUAAUCAGUAUAUAGCUCCUCAGGGAAGGAAAUUUAAGUAG